UUUGAUGAUAUUCCAGUUUGUUGAGAUUAACGCGCAGCCACCUCAUCAUGACCAUCAUUUUGUAAUAAUCCCUUAAGAUUUGAUGACUAAUUGUCUGGGGAAUAAAACUUUUCCAUGGGAAUAAAAACCCCUGCCCACUUCGGUAUUUGCAUAAAAUGUGCGUUGCUCCCUCCAUGCAAAUCAGCAUUAGCAGUGACCUUACUCGAUAUCUGCAAGUAUAAGAGGCCUGACCUCUUCAUUAUCCCUCGGCCUUAAGUUCAUUGAAAAGCGACAUUGUUUCUUUAAGGUUGCACAUGCAGUCAUCGUCGGCUCUGUCCAUUGUUUGGGGGUGGUGGAGAGACAGAACGUGAGUUGUGAGAUUGAUAUACGGGGGCUGAGGGCGAGAGAGGCGCACAUUAUUAGCGGACCAGCUGCGGUGAAGUCAACAACUCCUGAACGCUUCCUUCCAGACAUGGGUUGCUAUGACUGCUGUAUGCGCUGUUUGGCCGGGGUGCCAUAUUGCUCACUUGUUGCCACACUGCUCUGCUUCUCUGGCAUUUCCCUGUUCUGCGGUUGUGGUCACCAGGCACUCACAGAAAUGGAAAGACUUAUUGAGGACUAUUUUGCCCGGAACCGUCAGGACUACAACACUCUUGCCUAUAUCAUUCAAUAUUUCCAGUAUGCCAUUUAUGGUUUGGCCUCGUUUUUCUUCCUCUACUGCAUUGCGCUGCUGGCUGAGGGCUUCUACACCACAAGCGCUGCCAAGCAAACCUUCGGAGAGUUCAGGAGCACCAUGUGUGGCCGAUGCCUCAGCUCCUCGGUGAGCAGGACCAGAGUGGGACAAUUUAUAGUGAUGACGUACGUUCUUGCUGUGCUGUGGCUGCUGGUGUUUGCCUUCUCGGCCUUGCCGGUCUACUUCUUCUACAACAUGGGUGCAACUUGCCGCACUAUUGACCUUCUUACUGAGACCCCAGCAAGUAUCAACCAGCUCUGUGUUGAUGCAAGGCAAUACGGGCUCUUGCCAUGGAGUGCGGUACCAGGAAAAGCUUGUGGUAUGACCCUGUCCAAUGUUUGCAAAACCAGAGAGUAUUGGAUGACCUAUAACCUGUACAUUGCUGCCUUUGCCGGUGCGGGCAUCACUCUCUUGGCUCUGCUGACCUAUACAGUGUCAAGCACCUAUAACUUUGCGGUUCUGCGGUAUCUUGGGAGAAAGGGCAUAGGUCCAAGGUGUUAGGCACCCGGCUUCCUGUCCAUUCUGUCACCACUUUGACAUCUACAAUGGGAUCUGAAGGGGACUUCAACACCUCUGUCCUUUCACUUCACCUGUACAGAACUAGAACUGCCUGUGUUCAUGGACAUAAAAAAAAACUUUUUUCUUUUUUUAUAGGAAUUUCUUUUGUUUUCUCUCGUUUUAAUUGAUGUCAUUUUACUUGUCAGAUCACCCCAAUGUUUAUUUCUGCCACCAAUUGCAGUCAAACAUAUCACAGUACUAAUGAACUAAAACAUAGGCAUUAGAAAAACCAUGUAGCAGCACACAGCUGCUGAGCAGAACAAGGGAUUAAGUUACUAUGGCCACCACGCCUCACAUCUGGUUGCCAUGGGAGCAGACAAACACGCAUUGCAGUGUCACGCUGACCGUGGGACUUUUCUCACGGGCCGGAGAAAAACCAGCAACAAUGGAGUUGUGCCAGUUCGAAAAGCUAGCCAAUAAGAAGCCUCUUUUAAGGGCCACCUGCACUGCGAGUCUCUGCCAGAGGGGUUGAAUUAUGUGUUAAAGGAGAGGGCUCUCUGGACAAAGAGAGGGUUAGACCUCUGCGAAACCUCAAUGCCGUGCUGCAGCCUCGCCUCACAUAAUGGAAAAGAUGGCUUCAGAGUGAAGGAAUUUCAGAUUCAGUAUUUUUUAGGUAUAGUGAGGUCUGUAAAUCUUUCUCAUUGUGGGAUGACAAUAGCACUAGGUGCUAAAUUAUAAAGAAACGUCUUGAUAUAUCAAAAACACAGCUGAGGUGUUCCUGCUUUUUUGGUGUGAUUGAGGUAUUUUAAGGCAAAAUAACUGCUUUGUUUAAUUCGUUAGGAAUUUUGUUGUAGUUAUUGUAUAACACAAACUAAAUUGUACCUGAAUUUACUAAUACAUUUGCAUUGGGGUCAGAAGUUUACAUACACGUAUCUACAUCAUGUCAAAUUUUGGGCCGUUUUCUUUUUCAGGGUGGAGGAAUAAUAUGUUUGUAUUUUUCCCUAACAUUUGGUCUGAUCUUUGGCAAGCUGCAGAGAAUCCAGAUACAUUCAUUGCCAUCAACAAGGUUCUGGCAUAAGUCUAGUUUGAUAUUUAACCACACUUGUUUUAAAUAAUAUUUAAAAUUGCUUGGUUUCCUGACAUGGGGCAUGGGGCUGACUUUAAAGCAUUGUCCAUAAAUUUAAAAUAGUGUUGAGGUCAGGGUUAUUCCAGAAGCUUGAGAUCAGCCUACUUUAUCCAUUCCAAUACCAGUUGCAUUGUAUGUGUGAGACCAUUGUCUGGUUGGGACACCAUACUCAAGUUUCAGUCAUCUGACCCAAACUGUGGUUCUCAGAUUAAAUUAAUAUGGGUUUUGAAAAACAAGGUAGGAACCACCAUAGCUUAAGCCAAACUAGUUUAGAUCUGUGUUUGGGACCAUAUCUCUUGUUCUUAUGGUGGAAUAAAUUAAUGCAAACAAACAAUUGUUUUGAUUGUCUAAGAGCUCAACCCUGUUGGAGGUUUAAGGAUGAGGCUUAUAAGGUAUGUCUGUGAGAGGACACCAACUAAUUUAAAUGAGCUCUACCAUUCCUGUAAAGAGCAGUCGAAACAUCUAGCCAAAAAUAUGCCAGAACCUUGAUGGCUACAAGCAUUGUUAGGUUUCUUUGUAAUUUGUUUGGUGACAUUUAUCAUAAUAUCAGUGGGGGGUAUGUAUAUAUUGAGCUUGUAUUUAUAAUUUUGAGAAUUAGUGGAUUUGAGAAAAUCCACAAUAAUUUCUAACUGUGCACCCAGUACCUUUUCACAUUAACCAAAGUUAUAUAUUGCAUCAUCACCCUAUCCCAAUAAAGAAUGAUUCAAAUGAAUCAUUACCGGCCUAAAAUGAAAACAUUCUUGUCGAUGUUGAGUGCAUGCAACUUCUGACACGGGGAAAAAACUGUUUCUGCAGACCAUUUUUAUUGAUGAAACCUUCCUUAGCUGUUUUAUUUGUAGGGUGGAAGCUCACUGGUAGAUGUUUUAUUUUCUUUCUUUCCUUGUGUUGGUAAUGUACUGUUGGAAAAUAAAUCGAACAUUUAAAGAG